GCGGAUUCCCUGGUGUUAGAGCAAGACAAAAUUUACAUCGAUGCCAAGUUUACUUGCGCAUCCCUAGGUAGCCAACCGUGUCCAAACUCUCACUCUCUCUGAAUCGAGCCGAAUCUAAAAACCUUAUUUACCUGCAGCUAACGAUCGUGUCGAUCGCGUCAGCUGUGUAUCUAAUACAUAAGCGAUCAGCAGAGUAGGUAGUGUAGGCAAAAACAGCUGUUCUGUAAAUUAGUCAGAAUAAACCGCCGCGGAGGAAACAUCUCCUCUUUCGAUCCAUACCGGAAUAAAUGUAGUUAAUUUCUGUUCGCGUAAUAAACGGUGUUUCGUUCAUUAAUUAUCGAGUUUUUAACCAAGUGUCCGAAAAGAAACCGCGGCGGGCGCGAACAUUUGGUCCUUCGAACCGGAUUGGUUAAAGGGACACUUGUGUGCGGUUCCGUGUUGGAACCCGGCAAUCCCCAGUGCAAAGUGAGCUGCUGUUUGCCAGCGCAGUGUGAUAACGGACAAAAAGACUAUCAGUGCGCGAAAGCCGUCGGCAAAAAAUUGCACGGCUCGGAAGAUGCGGGCGGAAGGCAAUUCCCGCCGGUUUUGAGUGCUUAAGUGAAGAGAAGUCUGGCCAGCGCCAGUGAAUGUUUCCGGCGCCAUCGCUGCAGCUGUGGCGCGAAGGUUUGUGUGAUAACCAGCCAGGGAAGUGCGGCGCCAUCGCGAGGAAGAGCGCGCUGAGAACAGCGAGGACAUCUUGAGGGACGACAAACGGGACGAAACCAAAGCGCUAUCAUCGAGGCGAAGGAGCCCAGCGGAGGACGGACAUCUUACUAUUGGGAAGUAUAGUGCAUGUUGGGUGGAUUAUUGCAUGUGGCUUUUGGUGAUAAUAAAUGAUUGAAGUGCAUGCGAGUUGCUACUUAUUUUGGAGCAUAGCCCUGAGGUGUCCGCUAGUCGUUGUUUGUCUCGGUGUUCGCUGGAUUUCGUGGCUUGUUUGGUCCUCCCUGGUCGUAAUUCCCCUCGCUGCUGUCUACAUUGUCGUCGAGCAGUCAAACUGUCUCUCGAGGUCGCGAUUUUUGUGGAACGUUGAGUCGAUCGCGAGUGUUUUGGUGCAAGUGCUAGUGCUGUGCAGUGUGUUAUUUUGAUUGAUUGCGUUUUACGCAGUUAAUCGCAGUGCAGUGCUGUGUUCAAAUAGUUAUCAAUGGCCGAUCUACGCGCCCUUGGUAAGAGUGAACGACGUGUGUUGAAUACGUUGGAAGGAUUGGAGAAUUUCGCGCGAAGGUACGAUCCUACCCAGGACGAAUCUCAAGUAGCAGUGCGCCUGGAAUCCCUAGAAGGAAUUUGCAAGGAGUUCUACGCGAUUCGGGAACGGAUUGAGAUGCUAACAGAUGAAACCUCGGAAGAUGAAGAUGACAAGGAUGUACGAGCGCGCGAAAAGGCCAACCUGGCGGCGCUUACCGAGUUCGAGGAGCGGUAUUUUCGCUUGAAGGCCAGUCUCACAUCGAAGCGAGCUCCCCCACCACCAAUCGCGACGACAUCCGGAAUCGGUCAACCUGGUGACCGGUCAGAAUCUUCUUUUUCAAAGGUGAAGCUGCCAGAGAUUCGCCUUCCGUCGUUCGGUGGGAGGAUUAAGGAGUGGGUCCCGUUCCGAGACAGCUUUUGCAGCCUGAUCCAUGAGAACAAGCAACUCAACGACAUGGACAGGUUCAGCUAUUUGAAGUCGGCUCUUUCUGGAGAAGCGUUGCAAGAGAUCGAGUCUGUGGAGCUUUCAGCUGCAAACUACAGCGUGGCGUGGAAGGCGCUGGAAUCCCGAUACGAGAACAAAAAACUCAUAGUGAAGGCCCACCUCGAUGCUCUGUUUGCCGUGGAAGGUAUGAAGCGCGAGAGUUACGACGGCUUGAGCAACCUCAUCAGCGGGUUCGAGAAAAACCUCCAGAUGCUGCAGAAGAUUGGAGAAGACACCGCUGCGUGGAGCACAGUUCUGGCUUACAUGGUGUAUUCCCGGCUGGAUCCUGCCACGCUACGGCAGUGGGAAACGCAACACAACUCCAAGGACGUGCCAACGUACCAGAACAUGAUCGCUUUUCUUCGCAGCCAUUGUGCAGUACUGCAAUCCGUCGCUCCCGUGAGUUCGAAGCCGAGCGGUUCCGACUAUCGCUCAUCGAAGCCAUCCGUGUGCCAUACCACCGUCAAACCGUCGAGGAAGUGCCCAUUCUGUGGAGAUUCGUGGCAUCCCGCCUUCAUCUGUGGAAAGUUCCAGCGGUUACAAGUUGCGGAGCGGCUAGAAGUUGUUUCGAAGGCAAGGCUGUGCCGAAACUGUCUCAGCCUUGGCCAUUGGGCCCGAUACUGCGAUAAGGGAACCUGUCGUCACUGCCAGCAGAAGCACCACACUCUUCUGCAUGGAGCACCAAUCAGAUCCUCCGUUCCACAAUCGCAGUCAAAUCCUCCGACACAAACCAGACAACAGCCACAAUCCUCGCAACCAAGACCGAACCCGAGACCACAGACAUCAAACGCUAGCAACACUACACCCAGCAACUCUCAACGACCGAGCACUCAGUCACCAGCCACCAACACAGCCACAUCCACCACUCAAACACACAUUGCACUCCCAGUUACUCCCACACACAACAUUCUGCUCUCCACCGCCCUUGUGAGGGUCCAAGAUCGUCACGGCAAUACUAUGCUAGCACGAGCCCUGCUGGAUUCGUGUUCCCAGCACUGCCUGAUGACGAAAGAGUUCUCCAGCAGAAUGCAUUUCCAGGCGUCGCCAUCACUUCUCUCCGUUCAAGGGAUCGGUUCGUCGAUCAGCACGUCGACGAAACUCGUCAGCGCUGUAGUUCGGCCAAGGUUGGAGGACAUGUCGGCUUUCUCGCAAGAGAUGCAUUUCAACGUUCUCCCGCGGCUGACUGUUUCGCUACCGACAGCCAGUUGUAGCAUCAGUGGAUGGAACCUUCCCGAAGCAGCCUUCCUCGCCGAUCCGCGUUUCCACGAACCAGGACCGGUAGACAUCAUAAUCGGAGCAGAGUAUUACAUGGACCUGCUUCGAAGCGAGCGACACAAGGCGACUGAAGAUGGACCUACGCUACAGAAUACUGAGUUUGGCUGGAUCGUCUCCGGCAAGAUACCCGAUCACCCUGUCGGUGGAUCGCCAUCCUUAACUUUCGUCUGCUCCACGAACGAUCUUCAAGACCAGCUCACGAAGUUCUGGGACCUAGAAACCUGUCGAAGUCACAGUACGCAGUCACUGGAAGAGUCAGCUUGCGAGGCGUAUUUCAACCGGACAACCGUACGAGACGAGGCUGGCAGAUUCAUUGUGACCCUGCCGAAGAAGGAGAGUGUAAUCAGUCGGCUAGGUUAUUCCGAGACAACAGCGAUCAAGCGACUGAUGGGAAUGGAAAGACGAUUCGCAGCUAAUCCCGAGCUGAAAGCGAUGUACGCCGAGUUCAUUCGCGAAUACCUCGAGCUAGGGCACAUGAAGGAAGUGGAAGGCGAUGCUGAAGAUGUCAGGAGGUACUUUCUGCCGCACCACGCAGUUCUGAAACCGGACAGCACGACCACAAAACUGCGAGUGGUUUUUGAUGCUUCGUGCCAGACGUCGACCGGUGUUUCCUUGAACGAUGCGUUGAUGGUUGGUCCCGUCGUGCAGGACGACCUAUCCAGCAUCUGUCUACGGUUCCGAACACAUCGCAUAGCCGUGAACGCCGACAUUGCCAAGAUGUACCGUAUGAUCCGAGUCCAGCCCCAAGAUUACCCGUUGCAGAGCAUCAAGUGGCGGAACGAUCCAAGUGAACCGCUUCGAACGUACGAGUUGACUACUGUCACGUACGGCACCUCGUCCGCUCCAUACCUGGCUACAAAAUGCCUACAGCGUCUCGCUGAAGACGGAAAGGCGUCACACCCCGUAGCGUCAGAAGUAAUCGAGAAAGACUUCUACGUGGACGACAUGCUCACAGGAGUUGACACAGUUGACGAAGGUCGGCAGCUGGUGAAGGAAGUCAUCGAGCUGUCGGAUUCAGCGGGUUUCACGUUACGAAAAUGGAACUCCAACAGCGCGGAGCUUCUCGAAGUCGUCCCGGAGAACUUUCGAGAUGAACGUUCCAUCCUCGCACUAGAUUCCGCCGAAACAGCGAUAAAAACCCUCGGUUUAGCGUGGGAACCAGCUACAGAUGUCUUCCGUUUUACCUUCCCCUCGUUCAACGGGACUGCGAUGAUCACGAAGCGCAUUGUAGUCUCCGACGUUUCGCGCCUGUUCGAUCCGCUAGGUCUGGUCGGACCUGUCAUCAUUCAGGCCAAGAUUUUCAUCCAGGAGCUGUGGAAGCAGAGUUGCGGCUGGGAUGACCCUCUGAGUCCCGAGUUACAGGAGCAAUGGCAGGAGUACAGACGCAAUCUAGCUGGAUUGGAAAACCUAACUGUUCCCCGCUGGGUAGGAACCGGCGGUCAUGCUACUGCUAUCGAGCUACAUGGCUUCUGUGAUGCGUCAAACAAGGCGUAUGGUGCUUGCUUCUACGUGCGAACCAUCUCCGAAACGGGGGAGGUGUGUGUGAGGUUGCUGACGGCGAAGUCACGAGUCGCCCCACUCGACAACCUGAAAAAGGGGAACAAGCGUCUCUCGACUCCACGGUUGGAGUUAUCGUCUGCGUUGCUGCUAGCCCACCUCUUCGAAAAGGUCGUGAGCAGCCUUGGCAUACGUGCAAGGUGCUUCUUCUGGACGGACUCAACCAUCGUCAAGUGUUGGCUAUCGUCAUCGCCGUCAAGAUGGAAGCAGUUCGUCGCAAAUAGGGUUUCGGAGAUUCAGCACAUAACGAAGGACGGUGUCUGGAAUCACGUUGCUGGACUGCAGAAUCCGGCGGAUAUUAUUUCCCGCGGAAUGGCUCCCGCACAGUUGCAGUACGAAUCGCUCUGGUUCAGUGGGCCGUAUUGGCUGAGAUUGGACGAGUGCAACUGGCCAUCAGCCCCACCGAUCAGCGAAGACGAUUUCGAUCCGGUGGAUCUCGAAGUCAAGAGCGUCUCUGCAGCACUUCCGGUAAUCCAACCAAGCGACAUUUUCAGCCUCCGGUCAUCGUUCAGCGACCUCCAGCGCAUCACUGCCUGGAUGUUACGAUUCCGCUACAAUACGCAAUCGGCCAACCGAAGUACGCGACGACAAGGACCCCUCAAGAAACUUGAGCUCGAGGAAGCGACAAAGGCGUUGGUUCGCCUCUGCCAACAAGAAAGCUUUCCGCAGGAGUUGGCAGACCUGACGAGCGGUAGAGAAGUUAGAGAGUCGUCGAAGAUCCUAGCUCUAAACCCGCAACUCGAGGACGGAAUACUGUGCGUCGGCGGCCGGCUGCAUCACGCGUCAAUCACAAACCGGCGCAAGCAUCCAUACAUCCUCGAUCAUCGACAUCCGUUCGCGUACAUCGUUGUCGCCCACUACCAUCUGAAGCUGCUGCAUGGCGGACAACAGCUGAUCAUUUCGACCGUCCGAGAGCGUUUCUGGCCGACAAGUGUCCGGAAUCUCGUGCGAAAGGUGCUUCACGAGUGCGUGCCCUGCUUCAGGGUCAGGCCAAAGAUCCAGGAUCAGCUCAUGGCAGAUCUCCCACCGGAGAGAGUUACUCCUUGUCCACCGUUUCAGCGCGUAGGAGUCGAUUACUGCGGCCCGUUUCAAGUCGCUUACCCGCACCGACGUUCUCGGCCAGUGAAGAUCUUCGUUGCCGUCUACAUCUGCCUCGUUACCAAGGCUGUACACUUGGAGCUAGCGGCAGACUUGUCCGCUCAAGGUUUCAUUGCGACCUUGAAGCGCUUCUCCUCCCGGCGUGGUAAGCCGGAGAUAAUCAUGUGCGACAAUGGCAGAAACUUCGUUGGAGCGAGACGUCAACUAGACGAACUUCGUCGGCUGUUCAUCAAUCAGCAGUUUCAGUCGGACGUAGUCAGGGAAGCGAACGAGGAGCAGAUAGAAUUCCGCUUCAUCCCAGCGCGGUCGCCAAACUUCGGCGGACUGUGGGAGUCAGCAGUCAAAUCGUUCAAGAUGCUGUUCAAACGGACGAUCGGCACGCACACGCUCCUGUACGACGAGAUGGCAACGGUAUUAGCCCAGGCGGAAGCAGUUUUGAAUUCCAGGCCGCUGACUCCGCUUAGUAAUGACCCGGACGAUUUCGAAGCGUUAACUCCCGGGCAUUUCCUGAUCCAGCGUCCCCUCACGGCCAUUCCGGAACCAGAUCUGGAUGGAAUUCCCGAAAAUCGACUGUCAGCCUUCCAAAAGGCUCAACGGUACACACAGCAGUUGUGGAAAAACUGGUCCAAGCUUUACCUGUCGGACCUCCACAACCGGACGAAAUGGACUGUACGUCGGAACAACGUUGCGGUAGGGACCAUGGUGGUUCUGAAGGAUGAAGAACGACCGCCUCUGAAGUGGCAGCUCGGUCGGGUGACAGACGUUCACGCUGGCGAAGACGGAAAUGUACGGGUCGUAACGGUUAAGACCAAAGACGGCAGCUACCGCAGAGCAGUAUCAAAGAUCUGCGUGCUGCCCAUCCGUGACAAUAUUGUAUCGUCGAACGGGGAGAACUAAAUCUCCUCCACCGGCGGAGGUCGAAUCCAUCGGCCUCCGCAUACCAGUUAAGUCGUUUGUAUAUUGUGUUUUUCCAAAAAGUAACCCGCUCAUUUUUCCCAGUCACGAUCGCCCCUGGCUCCGGUCAUCCGGAGCAGUCUCCGACCAAGAUUCCAAUCGAGCCCGUCAAGCGUCAUUCGAGGUCUGUAUAGUUUCGGUGGUGGUCAGAUGUUGCAUGGAAUGAAGUUCGUCCAGCAUGAAUGCUUCAGCGGCGUUCAACGCCAGCGCUCCGGCGCCCCGUUAGUCCCGUACUUUAUUUGGUACCACCCUUGACUAUUUUGAGGUAACCUGCAACCGCAUCUGGUAGAGGGCAAAAGUGCACAUUUUGCCCUUGGCGUGCUACAAGUGGUCGUCAUCUAGCUUGGCCAGUGAGAUCGACGCUCGCAGUACGUAGCUUCGUCAAAUCAGUAGCAGCCCGUAGGUAAUCCCCAGAAGUCAUCGUAGCUGAGUAGUGAGAGGGAUUCCGAUGCCACCCGGCGUCCGCGGAGGCCAUGUUGGCCUCCGUUCCAGGCAAGUCCUUUUUUUAUUCGAUUAUAAAGGUAAAAAAGCACCCUCUCAUCUGUUUCAGCGAUAGCGAUCAUGCAACAUCACCACCGAAUUACGUCAACCGAGCAGCCGAAGUUCCGAUGGCAAACCGCCAUCCCAGCACGACAGUCCGUCGUCGCAGUUCCAUUCAGCAGUUCCGACGGCAGUCCCGUCCCAGCACGACAAUCCGUCGUCGCCUUGGUCGUCGCAGAUCCGCAGCCAUAAGUUCCGUUAUCAUUCCCGUCCAUACGCGGCAGUCCGUCGCGGCAAAUCAGGCAGUCCCUAGUUCCGACGGCACACUACCGUCCCAGCGCGGCAAUCCGUCGUAGCAGUUUGCAGCCCAGUCCGCAGAUCCAGUCAAGUUCCGUCCGAUACCGUAGCACCAACCCAGAUCCAAUGCUUCGUCUAUCCAGUACGAGAGUGAGAGGGACAUCGGUACCGUCCGGUACCCGCGGAGGCCCGCCGGCCUCCGUUCCAGGGAAGUCUUUUUAUAAUGCGAUUAACAAGAUUAAAAAGCACCCUCUCAUCUCUUCCAGCAUUUGUAUUUCACUGAUCUCCACCAACAAUUGCAAGUUCCGACGGCAUCCGGCCGUCCCAGCGCGACAAUCCGUCGCGGCAGUUUCGACAGCCAUCCGUACCAACGGCAUCCCGCUCGAUUCCGUCGUCCAGUGCGACAAUCCGUCGUCGCAGUUUCGUCAUCCUCCAUACCGACGACAUCCAAACAUACAGGGCGAUAUUUCGUCGUCGCAGUUCAGCCAGCAUCGUUCCGUCAACGUACUCCAGUCAGCACAGAUCCCACGGCAGUCGCCGAAAAAUCGCCAAUCGAGAGUGAAAACAGAAGUAGAACCUGGAAGAAACGUUCAUCAAUCAACCCGAUGCGGAGUGGAUAUGUCACCAGUGCUACCCGGCACGUACGGAGGCCAGAUUGGCCUCCGUUCCAGGCAAGUCGCUUCAAAUUUUGAUUAUAAAGGUAAAAAAGCACCCUUUCAUCUUUUUCAGCGACUUGACCUGCGGCCAGCAGCAGACAGCCCCGUCCGAUCGGCGAAACUUACGCACCUCUACUCACCCGAUGCACAGUCCAAUGAAGAAUUCUUCCAACGUCGUCGUCAAUACCCAAUCAGUUCUCCACGUCCGUGAUAUCAGCAGCAGCAGCAACUUCAAUAAUAGCAUCAGGCUUAUGUUCAUUUGUCCCGGUUCGGUGCACCACAGAUUAACUCCGACGGACUGCAGCAGAAUCAACAACAAACAGUAGAUCACCAAAACUAGGUCAAGUGUGUUGACAAAUCAGAAUGUAGGUCAGUAGUGUGACGAUCAAUCCUGCACCGAGUCGGCUCCAGCUACAUAAUAAUUGUUUUGUAUACCUACCAAAAAUUGAAUUUUGUAUAUAGGAUAUUGGUUUCGGUCCAUCUGAUCAAAACAAACUGUAUUGUUCGUCACGGACGCUUGUGUUAGAGUAGGACAGUUAUUGUAAUCAAAGAUUCCAAGGCGGCCGGCUAAUGUUAGAGCAAGACAAAAUUUACAUCGAUGCCAAGUUUACUUGCGCAUCCCUAGGUAGCCAACCGUGUCCAAACUCUCACUCUCUCUGAAUCGAGCCGAAUCUAAAAACCUUAUUUACCUGCAGCUAACGAUCGUGUCGAUCGCGUCAGCUGUGUAUCUAAUACAUAAGCGAUCAGCAGAGUAGGUAGUGUAGGCAAAAACAGCUGUUCUGUAAAUUAGUCAGAAUAAACCGCCGCGGAGGAAACAUCUCCUCUUUCGAUCCAUACCGGAAUAAAUGUAGUUAAUUUCUGUUCGCGUAAUAAACGGUGUUUCGUUCAUUAAUUAUCGAGUUUUUAACCAAGUGUCCGAAAAGAAACCGCGGCGGGCGCGAACACCUGGAAAAGUUAAUGGAUUGAUUGAUUGAUUUGUCUUUUUUAAAGAGACUUUCAGCCAUUGGCUCCAAAGUUAAUGGAUACAUUUCUGAAGGAGGCAUCCCUGGAGAAGUUCCUGGAGUAAUGCCUGGAGCAUUAGAGAAAUUUCGGAUGAAAUUCCAAGAUAAACUUCUAGAAGAAUUCCCAGAAGAACUUCUGGAGGAAUUCCAGGAGGAAUUCUUGGAGGAAUCUCACGGAAGAAUCCUUAGAGGAAUCCCUGCAGGAAUUUCUGGUAUAUUCUUGGAGGAAUUCCUGGUGGAAUUUCUAGAAGAACCCGUGAAAUAACUCCUGGACGGAUUUCUAGAGGAAUCCCUGAAGUUGAAAUUCCUGAAGAAUCUCCUGAAAGAAUAUCGGAAGCAAUCUCUAAAGGAUUUCCUGCAGAAAUUCCUGGAGGAAUGCUGUAGGAAUUUCCGAAGAAAUUCCUGGAGGGAUUCCUGGAUCAAUUUCUGAAGAAAUUCCUGUAGGAAUUUCUGAAGAAAUACCUACGGUAAAUCUUGGUGGAAUUUCUUGAGGAGCUCCUGGAGACACUGCGGUAGUAAUUUCUGAGGAAUUCCUGAAGGAAUUCCUAUAUGAAUUACUGAAGGACUUUCUGAAGGAAUUCCUGGAGUAUUUCUGAAGAAACCUCAUAAGGAAUUCCCGCAAAAUUUCUUAGAGAAAUUUCUACAAAAAUUCUUGAAAGAAUCCCUGGAGAUAUUCUUGGAAAGAACCCUGGAGAAAUCUCUGAAACUCUGGAGGAACCUUAGGAGGGAUUCCUGGAGGAAAUUCCGGACAAGUUUCAGGUGGAAUUUCAGGAGGAAUUUCUAGACAAAUCUUUAUAGGAAAUCUUGGGGAAAUUCCAUGGAACUAUUCAUGGAUUAAUUCCAGGAGGAAUCCUUUAAUCAAUUUUUUGAGGAAUCGUUCAAUGAAUUCCUGGAAGAAUCUCUAGAGGAAUUCUGGAAGGAAUCUAUGGAGAAAUUUCUGAAUAUAUUCAUAGAGAAAUUCCCAAAGAAAUUUCUAGAGAAAUUCCUAGAGGAAUUCUGAGAGGAAUUUCUAAUGGAGUUCCAGGAGAAAUUUCCAGAGGAAUUUCUGGAGGACUUACAGGAGCAAUUUCAGAAGGAAUUUCUGGAAGAAUUACUGGAGAAAUCAUCGGAGGAAUUUCUGAAGGAAUCCAUGAAAUAAUUCCUGGAGGAAUGUGUAGAGGAAACCUCGGAGACUAAAUUUCUGGAUUAAUUCUUGGGGGAAACCCUGGAAGGAUUUCUGGAGGAAUUCCCGGAACAAUUCCUGAAGGAAUUGCUGUACGAAUUUCCGAAGAAAUUCCUGGAGGAAUUCCUGGAUCCAUUCCUGAAUAAAUUACCGAAAGUAUUCCUGAAGAAAUACCUGGGGUAAUUUGUGGUGAAAUUCGUGGUAGAACUCCUAGAGGAGUCCCUGGAAAAAUGUAGUAAUUUCUAAAGGAAUUCCUAUGGGAGUUCCUGGAUCAAUUCCUGGAGGACUUUCUGAAGGGAUUCUUGGGGUAAUACUUAAGUAAUCUCUUGAGGAAUUCCUGGAGGCAUCCUUAGAGGAAUUUCUAGAGAAUUACUUGGAAGAAUUCCGGGAAUUCUUGCAAAAAAAAACUGGAGGAAUCCAUGAAACAAUUUCUGGGAGAACCUCAGGAGGAAUUCCUGGACAAAUCUCUAUAGGAAAUCUUGAGGAAAAUCCGUGGAACUAUUCAUGGAAGAUCUGCAGGAGGAAUCCCUAAAUGAAUAUCUUGAGAAUCCCUGAAUGAAUUCCUGGAAGAAUCUCUAGAGGAAUUCUGGAAGGAAUCCAUGGAGAAAUUUCUGAAGGAAUUCAAGGAGUAAUUUUUAGAGGAAUUCAGAAAGGAAUUUCUGGUGGAGUUCCAGGAGGAUUUUCUGGAGGAAUUACUGCAGGAAUCAUCGGUGGAAUUCCUGGAGGGAUCCAUGAAAUAAAUCCUGGAGGAAUGUGUAGAGGAAACCUUAGAGAAGAAAUUCCUGGAAGAAUUUUCGGAGGAAUUUAUGGAAGAAUUCCUGGAUCCAAACUUGAAUAAAUUCCUGGAGUAAUUCCUGAGGAAAUACCUGGGGUAAUACCUGGGGUAAUACCUGGAGAAAUUCUUGGUAGAACUCUUGCAGAAGUCUCUGGAGAAAUGCCUGAAUGAAAUCCUAGAGGCAUGCCAGGAGGAAUACCUGGAAUAAUUCUUGAAAAAAAUCCGGGAGGAAUUUCCGAAGGAGUUCCUGGAGGAAUCUCAAGAUUCAUUCCUGAUGAAAUACAAAGUUCGAUUUCUGAGGGAAUUCCAGGAGGAUUUUCUGAAGAAUUCUCAGGGGAAAUACUGAAGAAACCGCUGAAAUUCCUGAGGAAAUCCUGAAAUCCUGGAUAAAUUCCUGCGGGAGUUUCUGAUGGAAUCCCAAUAAGUGUUCUUCUAGAAAUGUUAAAAAUAAUAUCGGAAUUCGUUUUUGUAAGAAUAACAGAAGAAAUUUCCGGUGAAUCCCUGGAGGAACUCUUGAAGUAAUUUCUGAAGAAACCCGAUGAGGAAUCCCGAAAGCAAGCCCCAUUAGGAACUCUUUAUGGAAUCUCAGGAGAGCUUUCUUAGCGAAUACCUGGAAGAUUUUUUGUAGGAAUAUUCCUGGAUAAAAAAAAUGAAGAAAUCAAUGUCUGCAGUAAUUGUUGAAGGAAUACUAGGAUCCCUAGUGGAGCGGACCUGGUGGGAUGGUUAGAACACUUGACUAUCACGCCGAGGACCUGGGAUCGAAUCCCACUCCCGACAAACUCGCAAAAUGUGACUUCUUCCUUCGGAAGGGAAAUAAAGCGUGGGCCCCGAGAUGAACUAGCCUAGGGCUAAAAAUCUCGUUAAUACACAUAAAAAAAACAAGGAUCCCUAAAGGUUUUUUGUACAAAUUUUUCAAGCAAUUCUUAGAGUGUUUUCUUAAGAAUCUCUAAGUAAAAUUUUCUAAAAGAAUUUCUGGAAUACAUUCCUGCAGAAAUACUUCGAAUCAUUCCAGAUGUAAUUAUUGGAGCAAUCUCUAGUGGAAUUUUGGAAGGCAUAUAUGGAGAUAUCCCUGUAGAAAUCUCUGAAUACCUGCAGAAAUACCUUAAAGGAUCUCUGGAGAAAUUCCUGAAGGAAACUUCGAAAAAAAGCACUGGAACAAUUACUGGAGGAACCUCUAUAGAUAUCCCAGGACAAAUCCCCGAAAAAAUGUCUAGUGGAAUCCCUAGAUGAAUUCUUGAUUGAAUUUCUGGAAGAAGCCAAGAUGGAAUCACUGAAUUAAGCUAUGAAAAAAAAUCUUGGAGGAAUUGUUCGUACUCAUAUAGUUUACAAAACUAUGAACAAAUCUGAAACAGUCAUUUUGAUUACUCAAAACUACAAUACUGAUUUGCAUAUUCACUUAUCGGGCGCCCAUCCCGCUUAAAAUUCAUCUCAAGUCAGGCCCCCCCUGGGCCCCCUCCAGGAAAAAAUCCUAGUUACGCCAAUGGGCAUUGAUAAGUUCCAGACAAACGUUUCGUCUGCCACCGGCGGCGGUGUUCCGUUGGAGUGAAAAUCCAAAAAUGGUUUGAGUCGGAGAGUUAAAGUGGCGCCACAGAGAAACAGACGUGAUGCAUGGAACAACAAAAUUCAGUUAAAAAUAUCGUCACGAAAACGUACCCAACUAACAAUCGCAAGCCGCAAACAAGCAUACAUGCUGAAUUGUUGCUGAUAGCUGAACUAAAAUUAUGCUGUACACAUUGCUGUUCAAAUGCUUUUUCAAUUGAAAAAGUAGUCAAUGUUCAACCUUUCGUAUCGGUAAUAAUUUUCAACUUUUGUCAAGCGUUUAAUAAGAUUUUGUUUCGACUAAUUCCUUCAAAAAAUAGUUUAACAAGACCUUUUUCUGCUUCUUGUUAGGCUCAUGUAAAAAUUAGCACAUGUAUCUGUAUAAUGUGUUUUUCACAAGUCAAAUGAGCGCUUUCGUUUCAUCAUACUUCAACUCAGAGUACAUGAUGAAAAACACGUGUUCAUAAUGAUCUGUGCUAAUUCACCACUGCUGAAUAAGAGUCGAAGUGUGAUCAUUUUAAACCUCGGGAUGUUUAUGUUUUAAUUUAAGCGCUUCAAUUCAUCAUCUUUAGGAUUGAACAGAUAGGCUGGCAAUCGUCGGGUCCUGAGUUCGAAUCUUGAUUUAGGUAUAUUUAUGUGUAGUUAUUAUUUCACAAUAGUUAUUCACAGCAUAUGUUCUUAUCAUAAAUUCUCGUGGAAAUUGUAAAAUUUUGUUUAAUAAUUUUUGCUAAAGCUGAAUAACAGCUUUACUAUACAGUUGUAAAACGCUUCAACAACAAACAGUUCACUAUGCUUUAUAGUUUCUUCAAAUUUGUGUGAACAAAACCCAAACAACUGUUGUGUCUGAAAAUUAUCCAAAUGUUAUGCAGCAUCAUGCUGAAUUAAUUCGUUGUAAAGAUGCUCGUAAAAUAAAUGAUUGUUAAUUGGGUAAUCGCUCAAUUUCAUGCUGUGCUUAGCCGUGCAACCACUAGAAGGCGGUAGUGAGCAAAGGUCAAGGAGCAAAAACGAUGUAAGCGCCGCGCGUGGCCAAUCGUCUAACUAGCAAAUAUUUGAAUUCAUGAUUUAAAAUGUGAUGUGUUGCGAGUAGAGUGGACGUAUGUUUAUCUGUGGUGGCGUCAAAUCUGGCAACUGCAUCAUACAACUUUCCAUCUUUAGAUUCUUAUUACUUUUUAAAUACUGUCCAGCAUUUGGAAUUUUAUCACGGGUUACUCAACUUGUGUCACACUCGGCAACUGUUACAAUUAUUUUUGUUAGAAUAUUAUCAUAGCUCUUGAUUUUUAUGGCACGAAGCCUGCAACAUCAUUAAAAAAAUUAAAUUAAAUGGUAUGUUUCGUUUCUAGAGCAAAAAAGCGGUAAAUAAUGAUAAAAAUGACAAAAUUUCAUAGUUCAGAGAGCAUCAGAAUCAGUUAUUCAUGCAACAAGUUGCAAAAUGAUGACUUUUCAGCACGAGUACAUUUAUUCAACGAGGCUUGCAAUAUUUCCUCCUGUAAUACAUCUACAAGUUUUUCUUGGGAUUCCUUCAGAAAGUUCUGCCUAGAUUUCUUAAGAAAUUCGUGCUGUUAUUCCUGCAGUACUAUCCCAAGGAAUUCCAACAGGAACAGCUGUAGAUAUUCUAUGACUGCUCCUAGAAUUACUCCGUUGAUUUGUCCAGGAAUUUAUGUAGGGAUUUCUUAAGGAUUAUUUCAGAAUUUCCUGUUAGGAUUCCUUCAGAAAUUCCUGCUGGGAAUCUUCCAGAAAUUCUACCGGGGACUCAUCCAAGGAUUUCUUUAAGCAAUUCUCUAUGGGUGCCUUCAGCUAUAUUUCCACAAAUUACUCAAACGAUUUAUCCAGGAAUUCCUCAGAGGAUUUCUCCAGAAUGUGUCUACAGAUUUCUCUAGAGGGCUUCUAUGGAUUUCACUGGUAUUCCUCUAGAGAUUUCAUCAGGAUUUCUUUUAGGUAAAGCCUGUAUCCGCAAUAAUCGGGACACAGAAAUAUGGCUGUAACUCUGCAAUAGAUACAUUAAAAUUGCUCAUAUUUUGCCUGAUAAUAUCUUAAGGUGUGUUCAUUUCACCUGCAAAAUUUCAUGUGAAUCGGUGAAGUACCUUUUGUUGUAGCAAUGAAACAAUAGAACGCGAGCAAUUGAAUUUUGUACAGCCCCUGGUUUAGCUUGUCAGCGCUGUAACUUUUGAAUUUAAUAAAGGAAAUGGCUGAAAUUUUGUACACAAACCUCUCAAUCUACUUUACUUGCAUAGGCAAAAUUUCAAAAAAAUCGAUGCACUAUCAACAAUUUUAUAGCCGAAACAUAUAUUGGGGCUCACCGUGAUUUUAGCCCUUCAGACAACAAUUAGUGAGCACCCAUUAUUGCUUCGAUUGUAUUGUUGAAAGUGCUACACCAAUAAUCAUCAAAUUUUGCAGGCAUAAAAUACACAUAAUCAACUACCUUCUGUGAAAAUUUCAUGAAAAUUGGCAGAGACAUUCAAAAGUUAUGCAUAGGCAAACAUCGCACAUAAAAAAACAUGGAACAUUUUCAUUAACACUAUCCCCUACCAGUAACUUUCAAUCCAAUUGAUGAAAUUUGGUGAAAUUUUGCAAGAAAGUGUCUCUAUAGGUAUCAUAACUGCUCACGAAGUUUCAUAAUUAUUCUCACAGAACAUUGAAUUGUAGCGGAAAAAAACAUCUAGCAUGCGAAUGAAAAUUGGUGAUAAUUGUACAAAAUCUUAAAAACCACGUAUGUUUGUUUCUCAUCCACAGUUAAAAGUAUCGCAUCGAUUUUUAUGAAAUUUUGCACAAAUAAUAAACAUACACCAAAGAGCUCUCAGGUAGCUUUUGGUCAAUUUUUAUUGAUUCAGUACAGAGUUACUGCCGUACUUGUGUGUCCCGAUUAUUGCGGAUACAGGCUUUAUUCUUACAAGGAUAUCUCUAGGCAUUGCAAAUUUGUCUUGUAAUUUCUUCCGUGAUUCCUGCAAAGAUUCUUCCAAAAAUUCCUGCUGGGAAUUCUUCUGCUAGAUUUUCUCAAUCCAAUUCCGCCAUGAAUCGUCCUUGAUAUUUCAGUUUUCAGUUAUUCCAUCCAGGAUGGAUUAUUUCAUCAAAGAAACUCCUCUAGAGAUUUCCACUGAAAUUACUUACGAAAUUCCUAUAGGAACUUCUGAACAGUUUCGUCCUGGAAUUUCUCGCGCAAUUUAACCAUAAAUUCUUCCAGGGAUUCCUUCAGAAAUUACACCUACACUUUUACCAAGGAUUUCUACGGUGGCUCCCCUUGGAAUUUUUAGAGGUUUCUCUAGAGUACCUUCCACUAGAUACCUCCAACGUGUUUUCCAGGGAUUCCUCUAUGAAUUUCCCCAGGGAUUCCUUUUGGAACAAUACUUACUGUUUUGUGGUACGCGUGCUUCUGCGUUUCUGGCGUAGCCUCUCCUAGUAUCAAGUGUUUGUCGUGGACAAUUCUAUAACGCUAGCUCGAAUGUCACUAGCCCGAAUGACACUAGCUCAAAUAGCUGCGAAACAUGUUGGAAGUUACUUUUCAAACCACUAAUAACCGACUUGUACAUAGCUCCACAUUCGAAAGAACAGCAGCAAAGAAGAAAAAAUCUUUGAUAUAAAAUUACCCGAUUGAUCAUUAGUUUGAAAUCAACAACAUUCAUAAGAAUAGUAUAUUUUCAAAGACGGAAUCGCAUAUCAUUCCCAUGUUCGCUGGAUUUACUUUGCAAAUGGGACAGAUAUGCGAUUCGCAGCAGUAAUAUUCAUAGCUUAUGUUAUAAGCAAACCAUUCAACUAGACAGCAAUACUGUACUUACUCUCCUAUCAGAGAUUUUCCUUCUUUUAUAAAUUGGCAGCUCUUUCUUAUUAUAACCAAACCAAUCAACAAGUCUUGCGGGUCCAGCGAUUGGUUCUACUUUCAAAUCAAAAAGCUCUUUGGCUGCACUCUGGCGUGAUUGCUUCCGAUUCUUUAAUUAGUCAAAUUAAGAGUGAAUCCAGUUUGACUUUCUAGCAUUAGCAUUAAGCGAGUUGCACAAAUUCGUAGAUGGUAGGGUAACCAAUAUAAUUUGGACCCCCAUAUAUUUUGGACCCCAUGUGUCCUUUGAUCACAACUUACACAGGUUUAAUGAUGAGAUGACGGAAAUUUUUAGGAUCAUUCGCUAAAUAAGAUCGCUCUGCACGGGCAGCAAUCAUUUCCUCACUGGAAAUAUCCUUAUUUGCCUUGAAAUUAUUUUUUGCCAAUUUCGUCAUCCGAGCGAGUGUCGCAUCAUGUUUACAAAAAGAGAUUGCGGUGCUGAGGAAACUUGCAGAUGUAAACAAAAACGUUUAUCAUUCUAGCGCAUUAAAUUCGCAAAGUUCGUCUUAUCAGCCUUUGUCAAUCAAGUUAUUAGGAUGUGAUCCAGCAUAUUCAAGCGGGAAAAUUCUUCCAAAAUAGUUUCAAACGACUUUAAACACCGGGGGUCCAAAAUAUAUACUGAAGAGGGUCCAAAAUAUAUUGGGGUGUCCAAAACAAUGAAAACAGAUGCUUCAAAAUCAGUUAUUUUCAUCAAAUGUUCAGCCAGAAAUGACCUUGUGGGUAUUUUUAACGGACAAUAGAGACUUUUACGAACAUACUAACAUCAUCAUUAUGUGUAAAUACCCUCUGAAUCUGUUUGUUUUUGAAUUAAAUUCAAACCAAUGUCCUCUAGGGGUCCAAAACUCAACCGUUACCCUACAGUCCUAGACCGCAGUUCUGAGGGUUGUCUCCUUCCCGUCCGAAACAAAACACAAAGAUUUGGGACUAAUCUCUGACUCUUAGAAAAGACUGACGCGACUACUAAGGAAUGGGAAAGGAUGGUUAGUUUUGGACACCAAUGAAAAAUGUAGACAACUCUACGAUCUCACAGGCCUAGGUGUCACGGGAAUUUGGGUGUUUGUUAGUGGAAGGGUAAAUUUCAAAGGAUACGCUUGGUCAACGUUCAGGCACACCAUUGUUAGACUGCUUCGAAUCAGUUGUCUGCCCAAUUCAUCCUAGUUUCCUCGUCAUCUUGAUGGCAUUUGGUUGAAUUACUAGAUUCUACGGUUGAUAAUCUGAAAUAUAAAAUAAUAUUAACAUCGUAUGUCAAAUAAGCUACAUAUUAGUGAUACGCUCGCCACAGUUACAUAUUUUUACAAUAUUAUUUAUAGCAUACAAUAAAUUCAUCUGAAUCCUGCAGAAAAAAAAAAUGUUAAUUAGCAGUACAUUGAAACAAAAAUACUACAAAACACGAAAAAGUGCAUCAAACUUUGAUCUUGGAAUAUUUAUAAAAACGGUAAAUAUCAAGAUCAAAAUUUGAUUUGGUAGAUCUUACACCGCAACGCACCAUUCUAAGGUGAUCUACCCACGUUACGGGGUAGUGAAUCCAGUUUGACUUUCUAUUCCAUAAAAUCUUGCUUAGUUGGUUAAAGCGCUGGACUAACAAUACGGAGUCAUAGGUUCGAAUCCCACCAAAAUAAGUGUUUUUUUUUAAUUUCUUAUUAUAUGAUAAUUAACCCUUCAGCACGCGCGCUGUUGUAAAAAGUACAACACUACCGAAAAACCUCGCACGUCGUAUACAGCGCGAGCGCGGUGCAGUUACGGUUGCUUUAUGGCGCGCAUCCUGAAAGGUUAAACGCAUUUUACCUUCAAAUGCCCCAAUUUUGUACGUUUAUUGAAUGUAUCAAAUCAUAAUAAAAACAGGUGUUUAUAAACAAACAAAUGAAGGAAAAAUGCGAUACGCUUAAUUUUGAUAGUAGCUGUAAGUCUAAAUCUAUGUCUACUAGGGCAGUUCAAACUUUAAACAUGUCAAAAAUUCAAAGCUCCCAUAUGUUCAUUACAAUCCUUGGUGCAAAACUAGAGCCCUGUCUAGAGCCCUGUCAAAUUUUCAGCCAUUUCGGUGGUGAUUUAAUGGUGGCCCAAAAGCAAAAUAGGUUUAUAUGGGAAUUACUAUGGAGAAUUUUCGAAAAAGGUUCUCCUCGUUGUAGAGCUUCACCACAUGGAUGAAGUCAUAGGGUCAAAGCCGUAUUGAAUUCUUCAGACCUCAAUGAUGAAUGUUGCUGAAGACCGCAACUCGUUUCGACUCACGAGACAGAAGUUAUUAAUCGAUAUUUGUUCAUGCAUGCAUGAACAGAAGACCACAGCUCGAUCGACAUGCUUGACACGCAAUCAUAGUAUGCGUGUUACCUUCUUGCACACCUUGAAGGGCAUCGUGUAUGAAGAUGCGCAUGCGAGUGAGAAUUUGUUUAAUACCCAACUAACAUUUUCAGCGCUAUAAGCUCCAGUAAUUUUCUUUCUGUUGUGUAACCAUCGAAUAAAAGCAGUCAACGCUGAAUAAACAGGAAGCUAAUCAAAUAUAAAUCAUAAGCUAAUACACGACUGCAAAACAAGCACCAUACAGCUACCAAACUCGGUUUUCAGAAAUCCAUCGCUUGUCACUGGGGUUGCCUUUACUCCACUCUAUUCCAACUCCGGGAGAUUUCCCGGAAGAUGUGAAAACUUGAGCACAUCGAAUAGGAGUCCCCACUAACAAAACAGCUGCUACUAUACAGUAAAUUCGUUAUACUGACAAACCCUAAAACCAGCAGCGCUUUGAAGGCCGUUAUGCGAUUUCACAGAAGCUGUAAUAAAGAAACUGUUGGCACACCAACACGGCUCGUCAAAUGUAAACAUUAUUGUCAAAACAAACUUAAAGCGGGAUAUAUAGCUGGUACACAAAUUCUUUACAGCUAUCCAUCUCUGUGCUGUGAAAUUAUUUGGGUUACUUUUAUUGCACUUUAAUUCAAUGCCGGAAGAUGUGCAAAUCGAGUAAGAGUCCCAGCCAAUACAACAGCUGCUUUUAUACAGUACGUUUUGUAAUGUUGCCAAAUACACACAACAGCAGCGCUUUGUAGCUGUUUAAAGAACACUCUUUCAGUUAGAAGCUGUGACGAAGAACCUGCUGGCGCAACCACACAGCUUGUUCAAUGUAAACAUUAUUGCGUUUGACGUUUCACAAGCUUUUGCAGCAAGAUAAAGUUGGGUAAGGUUUCUUGUGGCACAAUUAUGAAGCCUUGUCUGGAGUAAAACAAAACGGGCUAUUUUCUGUGCUAUUUAUAUAUAGCAGUGUGGCAGCGAGGACAUCAUCGGGACCAGUGGAUACGGAGAUCGGGAGUUCGAUUCCAAGUAACGGCAAGUACUUUAAUUAUUCAAUUUUAAAAGCGAGGAUUCCAGUUCCACAUGUAUUGCGUCACGGUAUCCACAACCUAACUAUAUUUAAUCGAUUAAUUUGGGGAUGCCGUAUAACUAUUAUUUAACAACUGUGAAAAGGCUGGAAAAGCGCCUUCUCAAGAUGUUAUUCAGUUAGUGGUUACAUAGGAAUCGAGAAAAGAGCUAUGACUUGGUGGCAUAGAAGCUGCUCGCACAGCAUGUACAAGUGGAUUAAGUUCGCCAGAUUCAUUGGUAUAGGGCUUGCAUAGAAGCUUCCGUCCAUAUAUGCAACACAGUAACUCAGCAUCAAGCCGUAUUGAGAACGCUUUGAUGACGUUUACUUUCACAAUAAAUGUUAGUUGGGUAACUUUUUACCCGAUUGUCGAAAUGAGUUCCGGUCUUCGGCAAUAUUCAUCAUUGAAAUCUGAAGAAUUCAAUUCGGCUAUGACCCUAUGACUUCAUCCAUGUGGUAAUGCUGUACAACGAGGAGAACCUUUUUCUAAAAUUCUCCAUAGUAAUUCCCAUAUAAACCUAUUUUGCUUUUGGGCCACCAUUAAACCACCACCGAAAUGGCUGAAAAUUUGACAAGACUCUAGUUUUGCACCAAGGAAUGUAAUGAACAUAUGGGAGCUUUGAAUUUUUGACAUGUUUAAAGUCUGAACUGCCCUAAUGUCUACUCGUGACGACCAUAUACUUCGUUUCUCUUUCAAAAAUGUACUAAUUACAUAUUAUCUUACUCUCUUCCACAGGUCCGAAAAACAACCGGUGCCGACUCAAACUCCUACUUCGCCAUGAAA